GUACCCGUUGAACGCGGCGAACGUACACACGGGUGAGGUUCAAGGUCUACAGCGAGCCAUUGACACCUCACGCUGGCCAGCAAUAAACUUUACUCUCUAUGUAUAAUGCCGGCAUCACAAGCGAGCCACCGGUUUCCAGUGCAAACUCGUUGGCCCAGGGAUGCUGUCCUAAUCCAUCAGCCGGCUGUUGUGUUGCGGCCAUGGAGCAACGCAGCGGUCAUUUGCCAGUAAUUGCCAAUCAGUCCGUGUGCCGUGUGUUUGACGCGCAUUUUCUCCCGGACGUUUGUCGAAGGAAUGCUGCUGCUUUAAGAUUUGAAUGGAGGAGUGUUUCCCAGUUAAUUGGAUAUGGCCAUUUUGCGAUCGUGCUGCUGGUGGAAUAAUGUGGCCUACGGAAGCUAUGGCAGCGCGGUGUACAGCUUUCUUCUUGGUGGGAUUUUCACCAUUUUUGUUAUCUUCGACAUCCAGCCAUUCCAUUUCUUCGGCCAUUCAUUUCACGGUCAUGUGGUGAGUCUGGGAAGUUAUGUGGAGAUCACGGGCGCCGUGGCGUUGUGCGUGUCGGCAUGCGUGCUGGUGGCCGGAGUGUACCGCAGCGUCCAGCAGCUGCUGCUGCCCUGGAUGGUCUGCAUGGUGCUCUUCACGCUGGUCCUCAUCACCGGCAACAUCCACUUAGUCAUACGCAAGUAUGAAAAGCCCUAUAGGGGCAACGGUGCCGAUGUCCUCAUUUUGGUUAUGUCCACGAUUUUCUGCCUGAUUAACAUUUAUGGAGAAUUAUGCGUACUUUCUCAUUAUCAAAACCUCUGUGAUGCCAAAUCCAACCGACCGAAAGAUCAUGUGUUACCAGAAAAGAAGUCCAUUAGUUUUUUCAAACGCCCAGUACGCGACUUCACCAACUCCCGCACCUGGAGCAGCUACGGCCCGAGCCUUCCGGCCAUCCACCGCAUUCCCAUCCGCAUCAACGUCCCAGGCGCCGCCAACAUCUUCUCCAGCAAGACCAUGCUGCACACCACCCUGCAUUUGCAGGACUCGGACGCCGAAUCCAGUCAGACGCCGGCGUCGCGACAGUGGCGCCGCCUGAAAUCCCGCAGUAUCUCCACAUCGUCGGGUUCGGAUAUCGCGCCCAGUGUGGCGGACCGGGAACUGCCGGCGGAGAUUCCGGCACCGAAAUCCGUAACGCCGGUGGAGAAGGAACGGGUCAAGGCCAAAACGCCUCGCCGGGAAAAAGAGAGGAAAGAAGCGGCGGAGCCGAAGGAGGAUAAACAGACGCUGUUCGCUAUUAGUGUUACGUUGCUGCGUCGGCAGUUGGCGUUGUUGGGGUCGAGGCCGCAAGAACCCGGGAGGCUGGCGUCGGUUCCUGUCUAAAGCUGGCAAAAAUCAAAUUAAUUUCUGUAUACUCAUAAAUUUUAUUGCACUUAUUUCCUAUAAAUAAAACCAUUUUUGGUUAUUUACUGGAGAUAUAUAAAAGUGCACUUAUCAUUUUAUCAUUUUUUUAUUUUCCAAAAAAAUUUAUUUUUUAUAUCUGAUCAGUGUCGUUAUUGUCAUCUUAUCUUUUUAGUUUUUGAUUGCUGUCAGUUUAUCAAAAUAAUUAAA